CUCCUGGAUCCGUCCGCUCUUCUCACCGCCUCAUUUCCUUCCCCAGGAUCGUCAGUGGGUUCGCCCCGAGGAGAGCCGACCGCCCUGCGCCGCUGCUGACCUCUGGCAGAGUUGAGCCAAAAUGUCCCCGGAAUCCAAAAAGCUUUUCAACAUUAUUAUUUUAGGAAUUGCCUUUAUGUUUAUGUUCACCGCCUUUCAAACUUGUGGAAAUGUGGCGCAAACUGUCAUCAGGAGCUUAAAUAGCACAGAUUUUCACGGCAGUGGAUACACCAGCAUGGCAAUUAUUUAUGGAGUGUUCUCAGCUUCAAAUUUGAUUACACCAUCAGUGGUUGCCAUUGUAGGACCUCAGCUCUCUAUGUUUGCAAGUGGUUUAUUUUACAGCAUGUACAUUGCCGUUUUUAUCCAGCCUUUCCCAUGGUCCUUCUACACAGCCUCUGUCUUCAUUGGGAUUGCAGCUGCUGUGCUUUGGACGGCACAAGGAAAUUGCCUGACAAUAAAUUCAGAUGAGCACACUAUUGGGAGAAACAGUGGAAUUUUCUGGGCACUCUUACAAUCUAGCUUGUUCUUUGGAAAUCUCUACAUAUAUUUUGCUUGGCAAGGGAAAACUCAAAUAUCAGAGAGUGACCGAAGGACAGUGUUUAUUGCCCUGACAGUGAUUAGCCUGGUGGGGACAGUUCUUUUCUUUCUCAUUCGGCAACCAGAGUCUGAAAAUGUCCUGGGAGAAGAUGAGUCUUCUGAUGACCAGGACCUGGAAGUCAACGAGUCUGCCCAGAACACCAUGGCAAAGGCAGUAGACGCGUUUAGAAAGUCUCUUAAGUUAUGUGUCACCAGGGAGAUGCUCCUUCUUAGUAUUACAACUGCUUAUACAGGUCUGGAAUUGACUUUCUUCUCUGGUGUCUACGGAACGUGUAUUGGUGCUGUAAAUAAAUUUGGGACAGAAGAGAAAAGCCUCAUUGGACUUUCUGGCAUUUUCAUUGGCAUUGGAGAAAUUUUAGGUGGAAGCCUCUUUGGCCUGCUGAGCAAGAAUAAUCGCUUUGGUAGAAAUCCGGUUGUGUUGUUGGGCAUCCUGGUGCAUUUUAUAGCUUUUUAUUUGAUAUUUCUCAACAUGCCUGGGGACGCCCCUAUUGCUCCUGUCGAAGGAACGGAUAGUACUGCUUACAUCAGAUCCAGCAAAGAGGUCGCUAUCUUCUGCAGUUUCCUGUUGGGUCUUGGGGACAGCUGCUUCAAUACCCAGCUGCUCAGCAUCUUAGGGUUUCUCUAUUCGGAAGACAGCGCUCCAGCCUUCGCGAUCUUCAAGUUUGUUCAGUCCAUUUGCGCAGCCGUGGCAUUUUUCUACAGUAACUACCUUCUCCUUCACUGGCAACUCCUGGUCAUGGUGAUAUUUGGGUUUUUUGGAACUAUCUCGUUCUUCUCCGUGGAGUGGGAUGCCGCUGCCAUUGUAGCCCGGGGCUCUGACUACCGAAGUAUCUGAUCCGGGGCCCCUCCGGGCGGCACAGCCGGACGACGGCCCGGCUGACGUAGCCCCCCGUCGUCGCCGCCGAGUAUUGGACGGUAUUCAGUACGGAAAAUCAAGGAAUUAAGACUGCUCGAUCUGCCAGGGUUGGUAUUCAAGUUUACAGAGAUCAGCUAUUUAAAGCAAGCAGAACGAGGGGGACUCGUUCUGUUCAUUAUAAUUGUUCAAAGAUGUUGUUUUUCCAUUCAUCUGUCUCAAGUUCCUUAUAAUCAUG